GGGCAUUUCUCCAAAAUCUGCCACCGAGCUCGGGUCUAGGCUCCAGAUCCCCCGAGCAAGCCCCGAGCUGGUGCAUGUUCAGCACAGGGAGCAGCAGCAGUAUUUGGCUUUGUGGGAAGUGGUUUCUCUUGCCGAUGGGGUCUGGGCAGCCGGUGUGGAGAUCGGAGAAUGAAUCGGUUCCUUUUGCAAGGGAAAGUCGGUGGCGUGUGGGUCGUGGAGGACCUGCCGAGGAUACUCUCUCUGCUUCCUGGAGUUUGUACUUGAAACCCAUUCUGUCAGAUUGGUGACCUGAGGGCGUGCUCCAGCUCUCAUCCACCUCUGGUUCCACUGUAUCCUUCGAAUUGGCUGCAGAAGUUUAUUUUACAUGAAGCUCUUUGGAGCUGUCGGGUCUUCUGAAAGUGGAUGUGCUCAAAAAGUCUUGGAAUACUUACUGUGAAAUGUUAGAGUUUGGUGGAGCAGGUGGCUCUGUUGUCCUGUCGUUUUUAACAGACUGCAAAUUCCGUCCUAUCGAAAUAGUAUUUUGGGGGUUUUUUCCUGCUUAAAUUCACAUAAAAUUGUGACGUUCCCACACAACAUUCCAAAUUCCUGGCCUUGGCGUUGCUGAACUUUCCAUCCUGUUAAGGUUCUGUGACUGUGUUCUGUGCGGGUUUUUGCUGGAGUGCGGAGUGUUUGACAAAGGUAUUUAUUUUAGUCAUCCUUGUCAUUCAUAGCAGUGGGUUCCCUGUGUGAGGCACUCAGAGGAAUGCUGGUCAAAUUUAGAAACAAAUCAUUUCUAUUCUAAGUUUACGAGAGAACACUCUGAUUAACAUUCAGGUUCCCACUUGGAUCUGCUUGCAGGAGGAGGUAAAAUGAGCCUGACAGCAAAGCCUGAUGCAGCUGAUCCUCUGUGCCUGGUCGUGAAGUGCAUCUGAGGGGUUGUUGCUGCCUUUUUUGGACCUUGGAGAAGGUGCCCCAACCUGAAGGGGAGGUUGGGACUCUUUUGAACUCAAGCAGAAAAGACUGGAAGCUGAGGGCAAAACAAGUGAGCUGCCAAACUCUGCAGGGUUCUGGCUGAUGUGGAGAGAGCUCUGGGCUCGUGAGCUCCAGUUUAUGCCUUUCUGUUCUGGGGAGCAGUGCAAUAGCUGUCCUCUUCUUUUUUUUUUUUUUUUUUUGCACAACUUCCAGUAAAUGGUCUUUGUGCAGAAAUCAUGAUGGCAGACUGUGGGACUUAGUUCGGACUGUGCACCCUAGAAAAUCAUGGAUGAGCACUUUUGGGCUAGCAGAGACUAUCAGAGCAGUGAUAUUUAAAUGUAUCAAGUGCAUUUUAGGAUUUACUGCUGCUGUUACACAUUCAAAAUUCCGACUGUGCCCAAUUGCUAGUUAGUAACAACUGUAAAUGCAGAUUGUGACACUUGGAAGUGAGCUGGCAGCUCUGGCUGGGAGGUACUGUUGGAGAAUCAGUUUUGUAGCAGAACAUCUCUGCUUUCCAUCUCAGCUCGUUUGAACAGUGUGGCCAGAUGUGAAUUUGCUGCUGCCACAAGCAACGGAGUCCAGAACCUCUCCUUCAGAGUUAUUUUGUUCUUGUUUCAGUGGUCAAAUUCUUUAUAGAGAAGAUGGCAAGAUCAGGCAGGGGUUUAUUUCUCUGGUCUGACUCUAGUGUUUUCAAAUUCUGCAUUGUGUGUUGGGGGUUACUGGAGGUGUGAUGUAACAGAAUUGAUGAAGACUUUUUGCAGUGGUUGAUUUAUUUUUUUUCCCCAGUGAAAAUGAAGAAUAUAUAUAUUUUUAUCGCUGUCCUGUUCAUCCCAUGGAGCUUUUCUUUGGCAAAGUAUGAUGAAUUUGAGGAUGGAGAUGACAUUAUGGAAUAUGAUGAUAAUGACUUUGCUGAAUUUGAAGAUGUGAGUGAAGAUACAGUCACAGAGUCUCCUCAGAGGAUCAUCACUACAGAAGAUGAUGAAGAAGAAGCUACUGUAGAGCUUGAAGGUCAGGAUGAAAAUCAGGAAGACUUUGAUGACGCAGACACACAGGAAAGUGACACCGAGAGUGAACCAUAUGAUGAUGAGGAGUUUGAGGGGUAUGAAGAGAAACCAGAUGCAUCUCAUAGCAAAAAUAAAGAUCCCAUAACAAUAGUUAAUGUCCCUGCUCACCUUCAGAACAGCUGGGAGAGUUAUUACAUGGAGAUCCUGAUGGUAACAGGUCUCCUGGCUUACAUCAUGAACUACAUCAUUGGGAAGAACAAAAACAACCGCCUGGCUCAUGCUUGGUUCAACACUCACAGGGAGCUGCUAGAAAGUAACUUUGCUCUUGUUGGGGAUGAUGGCACUAAUAAAGAAGCUACCAGCACUGGGAAACUAAAUCAAGAAAAUGAACACAUAUAUAACUUGUGGUGCUCUGGAAGGGUGUGCUGUGAAGGAAUGCUCAUCCAGUUAAAGUUUCUCAAGAGGCAGGACCUGCUGAAUGUCCUGGCGCGCAUGAUGAGGCCGGCGUCAGACCAAGUGCAAAUAAAAGUGACAAUGAAUGAUGAAGAUAUGGACACAUAUGUGUUUGCUGUUGGAACCAGAAAAGCACUGGUGAGACUUCAGAAAGAGAUGCAGGACCUGAGUGAGUUCUGCAGUGAUAAACCUAAGUCUGGUGCAAAAUAUGGGCUUCCAGAUUCGCUGGCUAUCUUGUCAGAGAUGGGAGAGGUCACGGAGGGAAUGAUGGACGCUAAGAUGAUCCAUUUCCUCACACACUACGCUGACAAGAUUGACUCCGUCCAAUUCUCGGACCAGUUCUCCGGUCCAAAACUUAUGCAAGAGGAGGGCCAGCUUACAAAACUGCCCGAAACUAAAAAGACACUUCUGUUUACAUUUAAUGUGCCUGGUUCAGGCAACACUUCCCCAAAGGACAUGGAGUCUUUGCUGCCUCUGAUGAGCAUGGUUAUCUACUCCAUUGACAAAGCAAAGAAGUUCCGGCUGAACAGAGAAGGUAAGCAAAAAGCUGACAAGAACAGGGCUCGUGUGGAAGAGAACUUCCUGAAGCUGACUCAUGUGCAGAGACAGGAGGCUGCCCAGUCCCGCCGGGAGGAGAAGAAACGGGCAGAGAAGGAGCGAAUCAUGAACGAAGAGGAUCCUGAGAAACAGCGUCGGCUGGAGGAAGCUGCUCUGCGGCGUGAGCAGAAGAAGCUUGAGAAGAAGCAGAUGAAGAUGAAGCAAAUCAAAGUGAAAGCCAUGUGACUGUGCUGUGAGAAGUGUCUUGGUGCCACCUGUGGAAUUGUAAUUCACAGGGUACAAAGACCUAUGUAACUCCAUAAUCCUCUGAUUUCUUGAAUACUAGUAACCAUUAAGAGAAAAGUUCUUGCAUUGGUGUUAAAUACUUAUUUAAGUAUUACAGCAAAAUGUGUGGAGAGCUUUGUCUCAGCAGUUCUGUUCCAGGUGGUACAAAAUUUUGCUACUUGUCUGUUAAAAAAAAAAAAAAUUGCAAUAUUCUUGAAUGCUUUUUGUCAUUUGUUCCUUAAAAACAGAAGAUUGUAAAUCUGUCCAUGUGUGCUGGUAACAUAUUCAUGCUUUGGUUUUAAACUUUGGUUUUAGUUUAUAGUGAGGGAAAGGGCAAAAACUUAGGGGGAGGAAAACUGCACAAUAAACAUUUACUGUGCAUUUAUUUGCAUCAAGGCACAACACUUAGAGCCUUCCAUACACAGUAUGGAUUCUUCAGGGAUUUAAGCCCAGUAGAAUAGAUGUUCUAAUAGAAGUAGAAGAUUUUUUUAUCUUCAUUUUUUUUACAAGGGUCCUGAAGCAGUAUUAGGUCACCCGUGGGCAUGAUUGGCUUAUGUGUAAAACAAAGAGAUGGUGAGAACCAAGGGAAUGGAAUACAUGGACAGUCUCCUACUUGUGUGUUUGGGUGCUGCUAACUUAAAACAAUUUGGAAUCUGUGAUGUCAGCACAGUGUUCCUUCAGGAGUGAGUGCAUGGUGAGUUAGCAAUUCAACCAGCUUUCCUCCAAUAUUUUUAACUGUUAAAGUUUGCCUCAACCCCUUCUCUCCUGAUCUCAGCAGCUGCUGCCCUGUUCAGCCAGGAACCAGAUCUAGUGGAGUACCUGCAGUUCCCAAUCUCCCCAAGCCAGUGGAAAUGUUUCGGAGGAUAUUUGUCCUCUUCAGCCGGUCAGUGAUCCCUUCAGGGUUUUGAAUCUAAAUGGGAAGAAUGAAGUGAAUGCCCUGUGCAAGCACUUCGCUGGGAGAGCUCUGCAUUUUAUAAAUGCUUCCUGUCCAGAAGGCAUUUUAUUGUUGCUUGUAACAGACUUUUAACAGUUUUGUGGGGAAACAAUGUCCUGCAUUUUCUUGUUCAAUACUUUGUGGAAACUUGGUUCUGAGGCAAUAAGAAUUAGCUGCUGUUGAAACAGCAAUUGCUUAAACUCCUUGUUCCAGCAUGGGAUACUUCACCCUGAUUGAAAUGCAAAUGUCUGUAACCUGAUAAAUGCAAAUACAUUAAUUUUAUAAUGGUUGGUAAAAUUAUUUAAAACCAAAAUUAAUGUCGAUUAUGUGAAAUUUUAGCACUAUUUAGCUUUAAAGACUAAUAUGUUAUUGUUUCACAGAGUUCUUUGAAAGGAAAUACUAAUUUGUGCUCUUUUGAGUAACUGGACAGCUUUCCUGAAGUCCCAUCCAGUUGUGGGCCAUGGCAGCUAAUUUUGUAAUACAAACAUUCAAAUGAACAAUCUAAUGAAGAGUAAAAUAUAAUUGAAACACUCCUGCUUUA